AUGGCUAGCCUCUUUCGUCUCCUCCGAACGCAAUAUAAUCCCCCUGUUGACCCCAGUGGGGUUUCAUUUGCAGGGAAGACAGUCCUCUUGACUGGAGCAACAUCUGGACUGGGCUUCGAAGCCGCCGUCAAGCUCCUCAAUCUAGGGGUGGAGUCCCUUAUCAUAGGCAGCCGUAACCUGCAGCGAGGCCAAGCGACCAAGACAGAACUCGAAAAGCUUACAAACAGACCUGGCGUGAUCAAAGUAUGGCAGCUGGAAUUGAACAGUUUCCAGAGCGUCAAGAGCUUCGCGAACCGCGUGAAUGACGAACUGAAACAGCUGGAUAUCGCGUUGCUCAAUGCAGGCCUAUGGAAUCGAGAUUUUGGCGUCUCAGCCGAGGGAUGGGAGGAAACAUUGCAGGUCAACACGCUAUCCACUUCCCUAUUGGCACUUCUGCUCCUUCCAAAGCUGAGAAGUAGCUCAUCCCCGUCGGACCCGACUCAUCUCACGGUCGUCUCCAGCCAACAGUUUGUUCGCGUCAAAGCGAAGAGUCUCCGGACGAAACAGCCCCUCCUGAAGCAUCUCAAUAGCCCGCAGUUCUUCAGAGGCCCUAGACAAUAUGGUAUUUCCAAGCUUCUCCUGGAAUAUGUUCUCAAGACGGUAGCUGGUCUUAUUCGGAAUGAAAAUGGCACCGUGCCCGUCAUCAUCAACACUGUAAGCCCUGGGUUCUGCGUCUCGUCGUUAGGACGGAAGUACAGUAGAUUCUACGAACGCUGGAUGACCUGGCUGGCUUAUAAGCUCUUUGCUCGCACGGCGGAACAAGGGAGCCGGUCGUUGGUCAGUGCCACUUAUCAGGGGGUGGAGUCGCAUGGGAAGUGUUGGCGGAGCGAUGGAUACCUGGAUGAAUCAGUGGCAUUGACGACUGGAACGGAAGGCAAGCAAUUUCAGGCGGCAGCGUGGGCGGAGAUCAUGGAGGUGCUCGAGGGGCAGUCCGAGGGGCUGAAGGAGUCAAUCAGGGGUUGGUAA